AUGACGUAUGUUAGCAUAGGGACAGGAUGAUGAUAACCGGUGUAAUUUUGGUUAGUAUGACGCCUAUUAAGGUUAUGUAAACAUUACCAAAGAGUUAAACACUGCGUAACAAAUGGAUGGAAGGCGAAACAAACCGAUAGACUGCCAGUUGAGUUAAAUAAUGAUGAUGAUGAUGAUGAUGAUGAUGAUGAUGAUGAUGAUGAUGAUGAUGAUGAUGAUGAUGAUGAUGAUGAUGAUGAUGAUGGCGACGACGACGACGACCAUGAUGAUGAUGAUAAUUAUAUUUAA